GAACGUGCAGUAUGCUGUUGCUCUCAAAGGAAGGAACAACUCACGGCGCGACAGUGCCGAACUCUCGAUUCGCACGGUUCAAUUCGAUUUUCAAUUACCCACGACCUGCACGUAGAACGACAUAGAAACAUAAAACGGCAACGUAUGGCUCGACGAAUGAAAACGAAAAAAUAACAAUAAUCGAACCAAAUGAUCGGAAGUUUGUGUACCACGUGUCUAUCCAUUGAACGUUCGUGUUCUAUUAUUAAAAACACGACAUAUGUAUGUACGUCGAGUACGAGCAAAGGUGACUAUAGGAGGAAUAUUUCAAUCGUGACUGUAACAUAAUGAAAUUUUACUAAUAACAGUGUAACUACUCCUACUGACGAGUCACUUAGCAAAAUUCGUUCGUUCUUCAAAUUCACCGAAAGUUUCUGAAAAUAACAUCAAAACGUGAGUUUUAUUUAAAUAUAAUCAAACGCGGUGUAAUGAUUGUAUAAUUAUUGGUGCUCGAUGCGUCAACUCAACGCGGUGUUUCAUUUUUCUUGAAAAGACCAACUCGUGUCUUUGGAAAUGCACUGACGAUCGGCAUUUCAGGAGCAGCGCGUAAAACGCAGUUGAGAGUUGAAAAAUGAACGGCGAGUGAGAAAAUUUAUGUGUGAAAAAUACACGGACAUUUCCUCUUAUCUCAGAAGGAACAAAUGACUAAUUGUAAUGCAAUUGAUCGUGAAAUGCUAAUGUGUGUGUAAUGAUCGUUCUUUGAGUUUUACCGGUCACCUCUGUUUCUUGGUUUCUCUAUCGAGUGCAUAGCGAUUCUUCACCAAACGCUCGCAAAUAGAGAAAAAGUGGAACAUUCUACUUUCACGUUCGACAAAAGGUUCAAUUCUGCCACGCGGAUUAACACUUGAAGAUCGGUUGAGACAAAGAAGUCUGUGCAGAAACGCAACGAUCUUUGAAUUCGAAGAAUACAAAUAGAUAGGACAGAGAAAAGAUGUUUCAACUAUCGGUGAUCGUUGUUUUAGUGGCAUCGAUGUUUGUUGGCAGAACGUCUCCACUGAUGCAGAAUGAAGAACACGAGAGCAAAGUGUUCAUCGCAAACAUAACACAAUCAACCGAUACACUGAGCAACAACAACGGUAAAAAGAUGGAUUUGUCGAUAAAAGCGACAGUAGUUAAAAAAGAUUUAGAUUUACGAACAAUGAACGAGUCCAAUAACUCUACAUUGAUGAAUUUAACCAAUGCAAACGUGAGCACGCCGAUCAACGAGAACAAUCGAGAUAAAGAGAAGCUGAAUAAUGAAAAGCAGAUGUGUAAUUCUAAGACAGAACAGGCGGACAUGCUUCACUGUAACGUGAUUCCACGGGAUAAUGACGAUGAUGAAUCGUUAAAUACUACAGAACCUACGACACACAAUGCUACUACUGCAAAUAAUGAAAUUAAAUCCAGUACCAAAUCUCAGGUACCGGAAGUUCCACAUAAGAAAGAAGAAAAUGGCACGGACAUAGAAAUCGUUUUACUAAAUAACACACAGACUACGAAUCAAGUACCUUACGACAUUACGCUUCCUGAUAUCAAUCACACGAUUAAUACUAACAGUUCUGAUGUUUCGAGUACAAAUUUGAAAGAUAGUAGUACUAAUGAAACAUCGCCGUUACCAGUAAAAAAGGCUGCUACAAGUGUAAGUUCGGAAAACAUCGCUGAAGUUGCGAAAUCUGUUAGUCGCAAUAAUAGUAAGCAUAUGCCUUCGGGAAUCAUAGCGCUAGUUACUGCGAUCAGUUUUGCUGUAGCAAUUGCAUUGGUAUACAUAGGAAUGAUCGUUUGGAGGCGGUAUAUCGAAUAUAGAUAUGGGCACAGGGAAUUGCUUGUUAAUGAACUAGAAUUUGAUACUAAUGAUUUGCGUCAUUUUGAGCUAUGAUUUCAAAGAGAGCAGUAAUCUGCAGAGAAAAAAACUGAAUGGUUCACAGCUAAAGCUGAUACUAUGUAAACUAUUGAAUGAUUUAUUCAUCUGUGAUACUAAGGACAUGUAUUGUGUCUGACAGUCAAGACACCAAAUAUAUUUGGAUAAUAUUAUAUAUUUCUUUUGUGAUGUAAUUGUUUUAUAUACACUGCGUAUACAAUCUACUUUUUUCAACACGUUGAUCGUUUUUUUCUUCUCCUGUAGAAAUUAAAAAUAAUGUUACUAUAUAUAUAUAUAUAUAUUUUCUCAUGGUAAUUGCAAUGCGCAGAUCAUUGAAUAAAUUACGUAGUAUUUUUAAGCAUCAAGUAAAAGAAAAGAAUUUUACAAAAAGUUACAAGGGUGCUAGAAUAUCUUAGUUUUCUUCAAUGUUAAUAUGAUGAGUUUUAUAGUAUUUGAAACCAUUGAAAAAUGUAAAAAUAUUAUAGACUAAACCUUCAUAAUGUAAUGUAGUAUUAUCUUUGUUUCCCACUCGUUUUUGUAAUAUGUGCGGCGAACGUGUACAUAUUUUUAGUUAAAUAAAUAAAUCGCUAAAUUAUUUUUUUAA